AUGAUCAAAGAAUACGACUAUUUUUUUAAGUUAGUGAUAGUUGGGAAUGCAGGAGUGGGUAAGUCUUCAUUGUUACGACGUUACUCUGAUGAUAAAUUUACUGAUUCAUAUUUAUCUACUAUUGGAGUGGAAUUCAGAUUUAAGACAUUAGAAUUUGAUGGACAUAAGGUUAAGCUGUAAAUUUGGGAUACAGCAGGUUAGGAAAAAUUUAGAACAAUAACUAAUGCAUAUUAUAAGGUAUUUGAUGAAUUAAAAUGCAGGGUGCAGAUGGAAUUAUAAUGGUAUAUGAUAUUUCAUCUACAGAAUCAUUUGAAGAUAUUGAUAAAUUUUGGAUAAAUUAGGUAGAAUCAUAUGCUGAGAAGAAUGUAGAACUGUUAUUAUUAGGAAACAAAAGUGAUGUUGAGGAUAAAGAGUAUUAUUAUAUUAUCCCUAUGUAAGUGUAACAACACAAAAGGCAUAAGAUUAUGCAGCAUCAAAUAGAAUGGCACAUAUGGAAGUAAGUGCUAAGACAGCAGAUUAAGUAUCUAAAGCAUUUAUAUCGAUGGUAAAAACAAUGAUUGCAAAAAAGGAUUCGCAAAGAUAGAAAGGUUAAGGGUAAUAAUAUUAUUAAUUUAUAUAUAAGACCAUAGAGAAGUCAGUAAAUUCCAGGUUAGAAAAUUGGUUAAUAAAAAAAUUAUAACAAAAAGGAGAAGGAUAAGUGUUGUUGA